GGGAGGUUUCUGUUAAAUAAUGUGAAUGAUGUGAAAUGGUGAUCUCAAACCAUUUGGUUCGCUUUCUGCUUCUAGAUCACUUCUGGUGAGCUGGUGGUGGUGAAGAAUCUGAAUGAAUGGAACAGUUAGGGCAGAUAGGAAGCUUGCAUUUCAUGCUCUCUGCUUACCACAAGACACAAACAACACUGUCUCUCUGAAGUGACCUGGAAUCAUUGGAGCUGUGUGUCCUGGGGACCUCUGAAGGGCGCAAUGAUGGAUAACCGUUUUGCUACAGCGCUAGUAAUUGCUUGCGUCCUCAGCCUCAUCUCCACCAUCUACAUGGCGGCUUCCAUUGGCACCGACUUUUGGUACGAAUACCACACCCUGUCCCCGGCUGAGAAUGUUAGUGAGGCUGGAAGGAGCAUCUGGGAGGAAUUUGUCAGCGAAGAGGCGGAUGAGAAGACCUGCACAGAUGCGCUCUUCCGGUGCAACGGCACGGUUGGAUUGUGGCGGAGGUGUAUCACUGUACCCAAAAACUCUCACUGGUACAGCCCACCAGAAACCGAUAUGACUACCAACUGCAUCAGUUUUUCCCUCUCUGAUCAGUUUAUGGAAAAGUACAUAGAGCCUGGAAAUCACAAUAGUGGCACAGAUUUGAAUCGAACUUAUCUCUGGCGAUUGCAGUUUCUCCUGCCUUUUGUCAGCCUUGGCCUCAUGUGCUUCGGGGCUCUGAUCGGGCUCUGUGCUUGUGCCUGUCGCAGCCUUUACCCUGCCAUUGCCACCGGCGUCCUCCAUUUCCUAGCAGGGCUUUGUACGCUGGGGCUGGUUGGCUGCUACGUAGCUGGGAUUGAGCUGCUCCACAAGAAGCUGCCCCUGCCUGAGGACGUGAGGGGUGAAUUUGGCUGGUCCUUCUGCCUAGCCUGUGUCUCCGCACCUUUGCAGUUUAUGGCAGCUGCUCUUUUCAUCUGGGCGGCUCGCACCAACAGAAAGGAAUUCACUCUCUUGAAAGCGUACCGUGUAGCAUAAGUGCUGCUACCAAAGUAUUGCGUUUCCAUGUUAUAGCCUCUUCUUCCCCCAACCCUUACUACUUUUUUCUUUUAGUCAGAAUUUUACCUUGUACUGCAUGCUUCUUGCCAGUUGAGACAAUUUAGCCUGCAGGCCCUCAAGACAAAGACCUCUGGGCUAAAUGACCGAACUCUGCCAGAAGUCUGCAGAACUUGAACAGGUUUUUAAAUUGGGUUUUUUAAUAACAUUUUUUUUUUUAAGCUUCAUUUGGUUGUUGAAUAUCCCCUUAGUUAGGUGUACAUGCCCCUUCCUAAUUUUACUACCCUGUCAGCCUGGAGGAAAUAGGAAUGGUGUGGUGGGGUGGAAGAGAUAGGAAAGGAAAAGAUGCAGGUAGGCAAGAAUGGGAACCUGAGUGCACAAAUAAU